GAUCAGUCAAGGAUACAGAGGCUGGACAAGGAACUGGAGUAUAUGGGAUCUCCGGCUUACAAAGGUGUCUGGAGGAUGGAAGACCCGAAUACAAACUGAUCCAUACACGGUUGGAGUUCAACUGGUGCAAGACAAGCAGCCUCCCCUUUCCAGUCUCCCUGUUCAAACACGGAACGUUAACUUCAAGGGAGUUCUCCGGAUCUGGGCGUACUACCGGCAUCUGCACUAAACACUGGAUCGGCUUAUCCAGUCGAAGGAGUCCAGCUCUCAUCCCCUGCUAUGGCUCCCCUGCACGGGAUCGCACAGGCCGGGGGCUUCCGGAUGACAAUCCCCAGGGGGUUGCUGCUCAGCGUGCUGAUUUACAGCGCUGUCUCUGAUAUCCAAUGUCCAGAGAAGGCGCCAAGCCCUGGAGAUUGCUCCUAUGUGUCCAGAUCUGUCGCCAAAGGGGGCUCGGUGAACAUCUCCCUUAACACAUCACAAACCACCCUGGAUCUCUGCAAGCAGAACAGGCUGACUUCGAAAUGGGAUCCUGUCUACAGCUUCUUUAAGGGGGGCAAGACGAAGCUCAGCAGCGACUUCCAGGAGCAAGUCUCGGUCUCUAAUGGCACCUUCAUGGUGGAGAGCGUGAGCCAAGGGGCUGAUGGGAAUUAUGUAUUUCAAGACACCAGUGGAACGUGCCUGGCUCAGAUAACGCUGACAGUGGUGGGCUCUUCUGGCAGCCGGUCCCAAAGCAGCGCUCAUCAGAAGGGUGCCGCGGCGGCCUGGUACUGGUGUAUGUUUCCUCUCUUGAGUCUGCUCCAAUGGCCGUAGAUUUGCAUCUCUGCUCAUGAGCUAAAGCACGAACCUGAGACGCGUAACUGGGAGCAGCUUCACCGUAUGAAGAGUUCUUUACUCACCCACAAACACCCAGAACAGUAACCAAACAACUCAGCAGGAGUCAGCUCCCUGCAGCCUAAGGGCCUCCUGAAAGCUGGUAACCACACACCAUCUGUGUCACUCAGACUCUGUCUCACACACACACACAGAGGCCCUUUCACACUCACCUCCCAACACAAACUUGUAUUAUUAUUGUUGUUACUACGCGGUACUUCCUGCCAUGCACAUAUAUUCUCUGUAAUUUUAUUCUUUCAAAGAGUGCUAUUUUAAUGUUU